AUGCCGAUCGACCCGGAACCGACAGCCCUCAGAUAUAUGCUGGAUACCGAGCCAACUAACAUCACCUCAUUGGCAGUGCGAUGGACAAAGACCCUGCGGAAAGUGCCGAGAGCUUCAAGUCGAGUGCCGAGAAAUAGAUACCUUGAAGGACUUGUCGAGCAAUUAAGUGCAAGCAACGGCAAGAUCACUGAAAGCGAUUCAUCUCAAGGGGCGUCAUCUUCCACCUUGGACCACAGUCGCGGCUCCACAUUUCGAGUUGCGCAAUAUACCAACUUGAACCAAGAUGAUAUGCUUAAUAUAUGUUAUACCGGCACAGCAGCAUACCCGACCCUACUCAAUUCCCAGCCCUCACUUGAGGCUUACCAGACAUCUACGGUCCACGGUCUUCCUGACGAGCAAAUUGCUCACUAUGCUGUGGAUGGCUUCUUUCGAUGUGCAGCCACUUUAUUUUUCAUCAAAACCCAUGAUGAAGCACUUGAGCUACUUUAUCGUGUCUAUCAAGAUGAAAACGUAUCGGUUGGAGAUAUGAGUGAAUUUUGUGCUCUAGCCGCAAUUAGAAGUCACUAUGAUGCAGAGAGAGUCCCUCAAGAAGCCCGAGCAGUAUUUUUCUAUCGCGCUUCUAUUGUUUUGAAUGGUAUUGUCCCACUGGAGUCAGUACAAAGAGUCCGAGUCUUCAUUUGUCUAUGCAUGAACUGUAUAAUGGACAAGAGCACGACAGCGAGGACACUCAUCGGUAAACAUUGA